AUUCGGGAAGUGCUAUCAUCGGGUUUCAAGAGUUGUACGGAGUUGAAUACUGUAGCAAUUGGGACACGGAUUUAAAUGGGCGUGUCCCGGAGUUAACCUCUGGUUUUAGUUGGGUACCGCGUGGUCGAGAAUGAGAAAGGUGCAUUUGGGUUCAGGCGGGGUACUGUAAUAAUCUAAGUUGCAAGGACAAGUGCAAUCGGGGUUCAAAAGGCCGCGGCCAAUUUUUCAGUGAAUACUACCCGAGUCGAGUCGAGCGUAUGGUCCGAGAGUAACAGCCAAUGCGGCGCCGGGUAUUGGACUCCGGAGUUAAGCUCGGCGUUGAGACUCGCUUUCGUCAACGCCAACGCCAACUACACAGAAGCAUCACAAGAUAGACGCGAAUCCUCACUCGGUCGUAUUCAUUAGAGGAUACCGUUCAUCGCCGCCACUAUGGAGAACGACCCAGGAAAACAGGAAGUCAAUCCGGAAUCCACGGGUUCUCCCGUGACGGACAGCGGCGCCGGCGUCGACCCGGUCAACCCAGUCCGAACCAAGAGAACCAGGGUGCAAGCUGGCCUCCUCAUGACCUCUCUAUGCAUGGCUGUCUUCCUUGCCGCGCUUGACAUCACGAUCAUUGCGACCGCGUUACCGACCAUCUCUGACCACUUCCACUCCACAUCCGGCUAUACUUGGAUUGGCUCUGCCUUCCUUCUUGCUGCUGCCGUCGUGGCACCGAGUUGGGGCAAAUUCAGCGACAUCUGGGGCAGGAAGGCGAUUCUGUUGAUCGCCGUGGGGGUAUUCUUCUUGGGAAGCGCGCUCUGCGGUGCUGCUGUCAGCCUUUCCAUGCUGCUUGUGGGCAGGUCCGUCCAAGGAAUCGGCGCAGGUGGCCUACUCUCUCUAGUCAGCAUCGUCGUCGGUGACCUCUACCCCCCAAGAGAACGUGGCAAAUACUACGGAAUCGUGGGCUUGGUUUGGGCCAUUGCUUUCACGCUCGGCCCACUCGUUGGAGGCGCCUUCACCAGAGGCGUAUCAUGGAGGUGGUGCUUCUACAUCAAUCUGCCUAUUGCGGGCGCCGCAUACGUUAUGAUUGUGUUCUUGCUCAAGCUAGAAACGCCAAAAACCCCCUUCGUCGCGGGCAUCAAGGCCGUCGACUGGAUCGGCAGCUUCGCGUUGAUCGGCGGCACGUUGAUGUUCCUCCUCGGGCUCGAGCUAGGGGGUACCACGUACCCGUGGAGUUCGGCUACCGUCAUCUGCCUGAUCGUCUUCGGACUCCUCACCAUCAUUCUGUUUGUUGAAGUGGAACGGGACUUUGCGCGGUAUCCCAUCAUCCCUAUCCAUAUAUACUCGAGCGUCUCCAACUUCGCAAUUUUUGCUGUCAACCUUCUCCACGGCAUUGUUUUGACCCAAAACACAUACUUCCUCCCUCUCUACUGUCAGUCGGUCCUCGGAGCAGAGCCAUUCCUCUCUGGGGUGUUGCUGCUCCCGUUUGCAGUCUCCAUGUCGGUGGCAACGGUGGGAGCGGGUGCCUACCUCAAGAAGACCGGUCGUUAUCUCGACUGCAUCCACCUUGGCUUCGGCUUACUGGUUUUGGGCGUCGGGCUCUUCCUCGACCUUCCCAGCUCGACUAACUGGCCAAAGAUCAUCCUCUAUCAGAUCCUCUCCGGCUUCGGUAUCGGACUGAACUUCCAGCCUCCGCUUAUCGCGCUACAGAACAAUGUCCCGGUAGGGGACAAUGCCGCGGCAACAGCCUCGUUCGGUCUUGUCCGCAACGUCGCCAGCGCCAUUGGUGUAGUCAUUGGGUCGGUGGCUUUUGCGAACAAGAUGAACGACCAGCAGGACCAGCUCAGGGAUACACUAGGCUCUUUCAACAGCACCCUCUUUACCGGCAGCAAUGCGCAGGCCAAUGUCCUGCUCAUCAAAACACUACCCGAUGACUCCCACCAGGAGCUUCUCCGCCAUGUUUUCUGCAUCUCUCUGCGAAGUAUAUGGAUCAUAGCCGUCUCCUUUGCGGGAACGGCACUGUUGAUCAGCCUUCUCAUCAAACACAAGAACUUACAAAGCAAGCAUGUGGAGGUGAAAACGGGACUGGCAGGGGAAGAGGAGCGCAGAAAGAUAGCGCUGGAACAGAGAGCGGCCAAAAGACAGCCCAAAACCGAAUCGGUGUCGGCAUAAGAAGAGCAUGUUGUUCUCGACGGAGCCGUUACAGAAGCAUGCAGAAUGCUGGCCGGCUAGCUUGUAAUUAGAAUGUUCAGUUAGCAUAAUUAGAUGAGGACUAACGUUAACUAUUUCGAACC